AUGUAGCUAGACCAGGAAACUUUCAAUAUAUUAUUCAAAGAAAUAUUUGAUUUAGAUUCUCUACCUAAUAAGGAUAGGGAAGAGUUAACAUAGUAAUACUAAUAUUAUGAUAACACAAUGAGAAAAUUUCUAAAUGCUCUCACAAUAAAUAAUUAAAUAAUGAUAAUGAAGUUAAGUAUACACUAUCAUCAUUCAAUAGGUUAUUGCAUAGAUUUAUUGCCAAACUUGCAAAGGUUUAUUAAGUAAUGGUGGCUAAAAAAAUCAAUAUUUAGAUCAAAAGCAUCAACAUUUCAACCUACUAUUUAUAAUAGUUUAUCAAAUAUGUAUGACAGCAAAUAGGGAAUUUUUAUUUCAAUUAUUCAAUCCAUAUUCUCUGAAUGCAAAUUGCAAAUAGAAAUUGCUCAUAGGAAACUAACCAAUGAUGAUAUAGAGAAGCGAGUGAGUAUAAUAUUCUAACUUUAUAAAGAUUCAUAGUUAAGAUUAAGGCUCAUAGAACAACCAAUAUUUAUAAUAAUCAUCAUAAGGCUCCAUAACUUAAUUAUUGCUACAAAAAAAGAGCCCUUAUCCUGAAUGGUAAAUCAAUAACAUGAAGAAUAAAAAUCUCAGCUAAUAUUAUAAAAACUUAUUUAAGCUUUAUGAUUUACUUUUAAUCGAUAAGUAAAUAACUAUUCAUAUAACGAGAAUGCAGGAAGAUUAAAUUCUUUAUUUUUAAAGCAAAGAAUAAAACCUAGAGAAAUUAUAUUAAUAAUUAAUUUAAUAGAAUACUCAUAUUAAGAAAUCUUUUAAUUGGGCUGCCACCAUAGACACAAAUGAAUUUGAAAAACAUAAUUAAUAAUUGCAAAUCAAAGAAAAUUUGACUAUUCAAAAUAUUUAGGCUACAACUGUCAAUAUAAUAAAAACAGAUUAAUUUGAUUGCCAAAAGACAGGUAUCUCAUUUUUAUCUUCAAACGAAAAAUAUAAAGUUAGAAGUUACUCUUAAAAUUCUAAGGUGAAGGAUCUUUAUUCAUAUAGCGAUAAAAUUAAGCAUUUUUGUCCAAACUACCAAGAGUCCAUUAAAUUUAGAAUUCCAUAAUCACAUUUAGGUAAUUAAAAAUAAUACUAAAGUUAAUUAGCUUAACAUCAAAUAUUAAAAUAAUCUUCUGUAAUUAAUAUGUUAACAAGAAAAAGAAUUUUGA